UGCAACUUAUUCUUAGCUCACUCUCACUCCGUCUACCAAGAUCAUCCUCUGUCUAUCCUCCUUGACAACACCCCCCACAAUGCAAACAGAGGAAGACGACGAAUACUUCCUCCCCCUGGAAGACCAGCGCGUCUUCGGCGCCGGUAUCCGUCGAAAGCGCGUCCCUUUCGUGCGCUCCUCGGAGCUCAACACCACCGACCGUACAUCGUCUGCUCCGCCCCCAUCAACCGCGCCAGGGCCCAGCAUCGCCAAUACCUACCUCUCCAUCGUGCUAGGGAAAGACAAAGACAAAGCGCAAGGGUCCUCCAUCUUAUCCGAAUCGAAACCAACACCCACACCCACGUCCACCACCCAGUCCGCCCCGUCCUCUCCCCCCAGAGACACCAGCACUCCGCCACCACCCCGCUGCGAAGUCUGCCACCUCCCACUAGAGACCGACCCCUCACCAUCCCCAGCGCCCACCUCCGACAAACAUGCCGAAGAAGGGCGAAAAGAGUACCACCCCCACGAAGCAUCCCUCGCGCACCAAGUCUGCCUCACCCACUCGCACCCUCCCUCCCAUCUAGACCGCUCCCGCCACGGCCUGCGCUACCUCUCCGCGUACGGUUGGGACCCCGAUAGUCGGCGCGGACUGGGCGCGCCUGGCCGAGAGGGCAUCCGGGAGCCGCUGAAGGGUCGGUUGAAGGUGGAUACCGUUGGGUUGGGCGCGUCCGUGCCGAGUGUGUCUUCUGCUGCUGCGGCGAAGAAGCCGGCUAAGGUGAAUAAGUUGAAUGCGAAGCAGGUGCGUAAGGAGAGUGCGGAUUCCAGGAAGAGAGGGGAUCGCUUGCGUGAUAUGUUUUAUCAGAACGAUGAUGUGCAGAGGUAUCUUGGUGGGGGUGCUUGAGCAAUAUCCUCGUUGGGAUGGCGUAAUUGAAUGAAGUUGUCGCAUGGGCUGGGUGUUUGGGUUUGGGCUUUUCUUGUUUUC